AUGUUUGCUCACUUUGAAAUAAGGCAAAUGGAUUUAUCGGCAGCAAGAAAGAUCUUGGGGGUAUCCAUAGGAAAAUGUCCAAAAGAGAAGCUCUUCCGAGCAUAUAUUGAUCUCGAGUUACAAUUACGAGAAUUCGAUCGAUGUCGGAAAUUAUAUGAAAAGUUCCUUGAAUAUUCAUCGGAGAACAGCAAUACAUGGAUUAAAUUCGCCGAACUCGAAACGCUCCUUGGUGAUGUAGAACGUGCUAGAGCUAUUUUCGAUGUUGCUGUUCAGCAGCCGGCGUUGGAUAUGCCUGAGGCUUACAUUGACUUCGAAAUCAAUGCAGAAGAGUACGAGAAAGCACGCGAUCUCUACGAGGCGUUACUGCAGCGUACGAACCACAUAAAGGUUUGGAUCUCGUUAGCAGAGUUCGAGUUGUUUAUUGGGAACGUUGACGGAGCCAGAAAGGUAUACGAGCGCGCAAAUCGAGCGCUAGAGAACGCAGAGAAGGAGGAGCGUUUGAUGCUGUUAGAGGCAUGGCUGGAGGCAGAGAAAAAAAUUGGUGAUAUUAAUGCUAUUCAAAAGGUGGAGAACAUGAUGCCACGCCGAGUAAAGAAACGUCGGCAGAUUCAAACAGAGGAUGGUGUCGACGCUGGAUGGGAAGAAUACUAUGACUAUAUCUUCCCGCAGGACCAAGCCGCGAAAGGAUCAUUCAAACUGUUAGAAGCAGCAGCACGAUGGAAGCAGCAGCGAGAGCAAAUGGCAAAAGAAGCACAAGCUGUGACUGACGACCGAGAUAAAGAGCGUGCAGGAGGUGAUGAAUCAGAUAACGAACCAAAUGACAGAGUCCGAGAAGGUGAUAGUGACACGGAUAUGGAAAGUAGUAGCAGUGAUUCGGAUUCCGAAAGCACGUCUAGCUCAUCUGAUUCACGACGGUCGACGUGA